AUGCACAGAAGGCAAGAGAUUCGGAUUCAGGAAGAAAUCAUCGCGGCGCCGAUCAAGAGCGUCACCCUGGCCCUGGAGACGUACCGACCCACCUCCCACGUCAACAGCGUGUUCAUCGUCCUGGUGAACCCGAAGGGGUCGAAAGGGGUGCAGGGGGGUGGCACCUCCCGAAGGACUCUGCAACAGGUGAGAGCACCUUCAGGAAAAAUGUCCAGGACGACGGAGCCGCCGGCACCGGUGCACUGCUACACCAACCCCUCUUUCUGCGGCCAAUCGGAGUACAUCCCGGAAGCCGAUCUUCCGCCACCUCCGCCACGAUUCCAAGUAGAUGAGCUGCCUCCGCCUCCCUCACCUGGGCAGAUGCAGCCCAGGUAUGGUCGCAGUAACCCCGCUUUCCAGGGAUCAGGACAUCCGGAUCCUGCCUACGAUCCUGCCUACGACCCGACCUUCGACCCGGCCUACGACCGAGGCUCCAGGUACGAGUACAUAGAAGACCGCCCCUCCAGGUACGAGCACCUUCCCCAGGGUCGACCUCGCUGCCCCCAGCAGGAAGAAGAGGCCCGCAGGGGCAGGUACGGCUACGUCGCUCUUUCUGGUGAUCCCGAGGAGGAGUUCCGGGAGGGACGCCACGUGGAACCUUCUCGAGGUGAGGAACCGAACAUGCGAAAUUGUAGACAUAAUCGUUAACGACGCACCCUGACUCCAGGUCGCUAUGCCAGGGUGCCCCUGAGGGAGGAGGACCCACCGGCUCUGCCGGAUCGUAAUGGCCUGCAGGAGACGUCAGUCUCCCCCAGGAAUAAUCCAGCGACGCAGAAGCUGCACGAGCUGCUGUCGACCCCGAGGAAACCACGCUCUAGGUCGGAGGAGAGGGCCUUGUCCCCUAGAAGGCACUGGGCACAGAUGUCGCAGGGUGGAGGCACUCCUCGGAGAAGAGCCCUGACCCCUGGUGGCUCUCCCACGGGUAUGUACGAGACGUCCAGUCUCCUCGAUCGGAGCCAAGUCGACCCGCGACCGCGUUUGGGUCCUCCAGGUCGCGCUCCCAGUCCCGGUCCCAGAGGAACGCCCAUCGGCACUCCCAGAAACAGGAACUUCUCGCCGGAUGGGCUGCAGACGUCCACGCCGAACAAGGAGACGCCCUCGGCGAGGAGGUGCCUGCCCUUGACGGAGCCCAUUUCCGGUCGCCAGGUGGACGGCAGGCGAUACAUCGACCCUCCACCGAGGUACGCGUAUCUAGAGAGCCCGGAGUCCGUGCCCAUGGUCGCAGGGUCCCCCAGGUACAAGGUCGUCCCGGUGGAUCGGAAAAGAAUCGACUACAGGAGCGUCGAGAGCGCCUUCAUCGCCAGGACUGCCGUUGUCCCUCCCCUGUCACCUCCACCUAGCGAGGCCAACACGACCCUGGCCAGCGGUCCGGAGAAGAACGACAGAAGGAACGCUCCUCUUCUCCUGGUCCUGGUGGGCGUCCUGACUUGUGGACUCGCCCUUUAUCUCUCCUGGACCCAGGGCAGGAGAUAUUACCUGGACAGUGCCGCUGGUUGCGGAGCUUGCUGCGCCCUCGCAGGAGCUUGCAGAAGUCUCAGGAGAACCUGGACCGGUCUGGGACUUGCCGGACUCUCGGCUCUCAGCUGUGCCGGUCUUUUAUUGCUGGCUGCGAAAGCUCCCAGACAGGGGACUCCUCUUCACGAUGUCACGGCAGGUGCUCUCUGCGGUGUCUCUCUUCUGGGUGCAGCUCUUGCGCUCGUUGCCUUGAUCGGACCGAAGUGCAGCUUUGGUCGACAUCGCCGGGUGCACUCUUGGAUUCCUCGAUUUUCUCCCUAA